AUGAACUUAAAAAAUCUUAUCCUCUUCUCCCGAUUCACAAUCUCCACUCAACCAAAAAAUCUUAUCCUCUUCUCCCGCAGACGUCAACCCAAUCGCCCCAAAUCGCCGGUGAAUUUCUCUCUUUUCGCCGUCAACUGCUGCACCGCCUCCCAAAUCGCCGGCGAACUUCAACCCCUUCCCACCUCAAAUCUAGCUUCGUUCGUCGCACACGCCAACCGUCCCCACUGCCGUCCCCAGUUCUCGUUUGCCGGUCAUCCACCACACGCCCUUCGACAAGAAGAUACAUUAACAAGGGAGGACCGAACUACAGUCCCUGCCGAGGAAAAGCGACACGCAAAAGGGUUGAAAACGAUGACGAGGAAGAACUAAUCUUAAGCUCUGAUGACUUAGAAGAAGAACUAAAACACUCAACGGAGAGCGAGUGCUCUGAAUGAUGAAUGAGUAACAAUGAGAACCCUCCUCUUCCCACGCCAACUGAUACAGAGGUCCUGGCAUGCUUGAGGAGGAGCGUCCUUGGUAGGUGGAGGUCCUCUUCUCGUGAGGUAUCAAGCCACACAAAUCCGUCUAUAGGCACUCCCUCGAUUGACUCGCAGCGGUCCCCCUCCACCCCACGUACUAUUGGAUCUGGGCCUUGUACUUCAGGGUCGGGGAGAGUGAUGAUUUCAACUACGGUGAAGAUGGCCGUAAAGAGGAGGAGCUAAAUGGCGACGAUCGUGAAGAAGAAGAGUUGAAUGACGACCGCCGCAUACAGGACUUGAAUAGUGAGGGUCGCGAAGAUGAAGAGCUCAAUGCUGAGGAUCGACGGGAGGGACCUCGUGAUGGGGGUCGGUUUUUGUAUGUCAAUUCAGAUGACGAGGUUACGAUCACUAGGGCUGGUGCUGCACUCAUCACUCCAGCAUUCUAUGAGAAGACGGACCCGGCAGGCAAGUCUUAGCGUGAUGUCCCACAGUCAGUGAAGGAGUUCUACUUUCGAGAGUUCAAGAAAAAUGCUCGACCAGAUCCGGCAAUCGAUGAGGGGAAGCUAAGGAAAGCAUUUCUCAAGAAAGCUGUUGAACGGUACUCAGGUUACACAUACAAUGUGAGGAACCCCAACCGGUUGAAAAAAAAGAGAAUGGACCCACGACCAUUUCAGAAGCUUAAAAAGGUUUGGGAUGAGGAUCCAGAGUUUCAAGAGGUGAGUAAGACCAAGAAGAAGAAUAGGCGAAAGGGAAGGGAGGAUGGUCCCGCUUUAGGGACGUAUUGUGGAGGUUCUAUUCCAUUUUCUGAAAAUAUGAAUCGAUUGUCUAAGAAGAAAGGAGCACGUGUGUCGUUGGAUGAGGUUAUUAUCCACACAAAAACGAAGAAACAUGAUGGUCAGUCUUGGGUAGAUCCAGUUGUUGCUGAAUUGCAGGCUCAAUUUUUGGAAUUGCGGGAGGAAGCUAGAAAAAAAGGGCUUAAAGUCACCGACGAGCAGAUAUGGUACUCACUUGUCGAGGGCCAUAAUGCCAAGAAUCGCGUGCCUGGAGUCGGUGACUACGAGCAUGAAAUGAGGAAGAUGAAUCAGUCUUCGAAACCUCGACGUUCAGCCAAGACUAGCAGCAGCGCAAUGGAGAUUGUAGCACUUAGGGCGAAAAAUGAAAAACUACAAGAAGAAUUUGAUAAUUUGAGAUCGAACUUGACGUUGACCAUCCAUGAAGAGUUAAAAAAAACUUCUUGGUGGUAACCUUCCUCCACGAAGAGAUGAUGAUGGUACAGGAGGGUCAGGACAUCUUGAAGCUAUUAUUUAGAUAUAUAUGUAGAACAUCUUUACAUUAAGAAUUUCAAGUUUAACGUAAGAUUACAAUGGAUUAUGUUAUAUUUAUAUGACAUUCUAUGUUUUUAUUAAUGCUCUUUGAAUUUAGUUACAAAAUUGCAUUUUGUCCCCUG